AUGUUUAAUGUCCCAAACAACACAAUAUUUGCAAAGCAAUUUCAGGGCCUUCUAGCACUGCAACGAUCACUACCAAGACAACUGCUACGACCACAACAAGCACAACGACAACAACCACAACAACCACAACAACGACAACCACAACAAGCACAACAACGACAACCACAAAAACGACCACGACAACCACAACGACCAAGACUACGACUACAACGACAACAACGGUGA